UCAGGAUAUGAAAUGGCAUGAGCUGAAUAUUGAUGCGGCUAUUCUAUCAGCUAUAACUGAAGUAUUUCAGUUUCAUGAUCUCACACCUGUUCAAGAGCAUUCCAUCCCUCUUUUUCUUACAUGCAAAGAUGUUGCUGUUGAAGCUGUGACUGGUUCAGGGAAAACACUUGCUUUUGUGGUACCGAUGCUCAACAAAAUACUCAAAUCUGGUGCUGCACUUAAGGACAACAAAAUUUUGGGGAUAAUAAUAUCUCCCACUCAAGAGUUAGCCUUGCAAACUGAUGAUGUCGUAAAGCGUUUUUCAACGCACAUCUCUCAAAUCAAAACAUGUGUAUUUGUUGGAGGUCAUUCAUUACCUGAGGAGGAUGAGCAGAAAUUCAAGUCAGAUGGAGGAAACAUUAUCAUAGCUACUCCUGGAAGAAUAGAGAAAUGCCUUGAACGGUUGGCUCCUUAUUUAAAAGAGCUUGAAAUGCUCGUUCUUGACGAAGCAGACAUGUUACUCCGGUUGGGAUUCCAGAAAAGUUUAACCACCAUUUUAACUCGAUUACCUAAACAGAGAAGAACAGGGUUGUUCAGUGCAACUCAAACAGAUCAAGUAGAGGAUCUGAUACGAGCAGGUCUCAGGAACCCAUACAGAGUAACUGUUAAACAGAAGUUCAAUGAUCAACGUCAGAUACAAAAGACACCUCUGAGUCUGAACAAUUACUACAUCUGCUGUGAUGCUGCCCAGAAGUCGUCAAGUCUUAUCUCAUUCCUGAGAUGUAAUAAGGAUGCCAAGAAAAUGCUGUUCUUCAGCACAUGCGCGGCAGUCGAAUACUUCGGCAAAAUUAUCACAACUAUUUUCAAAAACACCAAGGUGUUAUUACUGCACGGCAAGAUGAAGAGGAAACGAGAGGAUGUGUUCUCAGAGUUUCGUAAGAUGACACGUGGUGUGCUAGUCUGUACCAGCGUGCUUGCUAGAGGUAUUGACGUGCCUGGAGUUGACUGGGUUCUUCAGUACGACCCUCCUCGGGAACCAGAGGAGUUCGUUCACAGAUGUGGACGAACUGCUAGGAUGGGGUGUAAAGGCAAUGCUCUACUUUUCUUACUUCCCAAUGAGAUGGCUUACGUCAACUUCUUGAGCAUAAACCAGAAAGCUCCUCUUCAGGAGUACAAAACAGAGUUCCCAGUCCUGGACAGCACUCCCAAGAUAAGGAAACUAGCUUCCCACGACCGGGAUAUGUACGAGAAAGGGGUCCGUGCCUUCGUCUCCUUUAUACAGUCAUACACCAAACACAUGUGCAAAGCUAUCUUCAUCCUUAAAGAACUGGACAUGGAGGGUCUUGUUGAGUCGUUCGCUUUGUUGAAGGUUCCAAAAAUGCCAGAGCUGAAAAACAGGACUAUUGAGUUGAACCUGUCGGUUGAGGUUGAUGUUGAGAAGAUUCCUUAUAGCGAUAAGAUUAGGGAAAAAGCUCGUUUGAAACGAUUGGAGUUAGGGCCUAUUCUUGACAAAGAUCAGAAAAAUAAGAGGUUCAAGAAUAAUCCCAGCUGGACUAAGAAGAAAGAGCAGAAAGUUAAAAAAGAAAAGCGUAAAUUUAAGAAAAUCGUGGCUAAGUCAAAAGUUGUCGAAACAAUGGAUUGAAAGAGUUGUGUGUACUUUUUCUUCACAUUUUUAGGUUAACCAAAAUAUAUAAUUUCGGUUUAUUCUGUUUUAUCCUGUUUUUAUAUUUAUUAAAGACUUUAUUAAAGUUGACAUUAUUAAAGUCUGAAGUUGGGGGUAUAUCAGAA